AUGACAACGACUAAUUCAUCACCUCUAGACACCCCAGAAUUAGCAUCUCACGUCUUAGACAGUGAUACAACAGACACCAAAGACUAUGAGGCAGAUUUGGAAGACAACCAGGAAAAAUACAUUGACCAAGACUCUUUACCUGGAGCCCCCAAUCCAGAGUCAAUCGUCUGGCCCAUAGAAGGAAUCCCAUCACCCCUGCCCGACCCAUCAGAACAACUUUGGAGAUCUGUCCGCAAGACUCCCAAACCAGCCACGUUACCUAUUGCACCAACACCAACGAAACCAUCAGCGAUAGCCCCCAUCAUACUCCCAGCAUUAUUCAAAAAUUUGCAGACAACUCCACCAACAACUAUCCAAGCACCACAAUCACGCAAAAUGAGCAACAAUGUUGCACCAGGAUGGUUUCACAGCAAACCAGAUGAAAAUGCACAAAAUUUCUUGAAGGAAGCAGACCGCUAUAUCACACUUAAUGACCUGAAGACAGAAGUGGCAAAAAUCAUUGUGUUCAGUACGCUCCUCUCAGCAGGAUCGGUCGCAGACCUAUGGUGGACUAAGUUGGACAGCAUGAAGAAGACAAUGUGGGCAGGCGUCCAAAUAGUGUUCAAUGAUAGAUGGCCAGCGAUCACCAUUGCAGAGAAGACAGGCCUUGACUAUCAGCAUGAGAUGUUAGCAUUACGCAUUGAUGAAGAAGAUCUAGGAAUGCAGGUCACAGUUGCAGGAGUUCAAACCUGGGCACACUUGCAAUUCUAUGUCAAGUUACAACAACUUGUUGCAGAAGCAGGAGCAAGUGAAACAGCAGGACUGGUUUAUCAAGUCAGAGAGAACUUGCCAUCAGUGAUCAAAGAGCUCACCACUCCAGGGCUCGCUGACUGGACGAAGUUCUUAGAUGAAAUCAAAGGCAUUGAUACGAACAAGUUGCAUGAAAAGGCGGAGGUUGUACAGAAGAAGAAGGCAUCAUAA